GUCGGCCUGUCGGUAAAAACUCUAUUCAACGUCUAAACUCUCUUAUAAAUAAACCCUCUAGCUAAUUAAACCCUUUUGUAUAUGAAGAAGACAGAGCUCUCAAAAGCUUGACGAAAAUGGCCAGCUAUUCUCUUCCAUCACCAAUAGCCAAAAGGCUAGAAGGUAAAGUAGCACUCAUAACUGGUGGAGCUAGCGGCAUAGGAGCAGCCACAGCUAGGCUAUUUGUUCAACAUGGUGCAAAGGUUACAAUUGCAGACAUUCAGGACAACCUCGGAACUUCCUUAGCACAAGAAAUUGGCACAGAACACGCAACCUUUGUCCACUGCAAUGUUGCUGUUGAAUCAGACGUUCAAAAUGUUGUAGAUGCAACAAUUGCGAAAUUUGGUAAGCUCGACAUUAUGUUCAGUAAUGCUGGUAUAGGAGGUAAGCCAAUUUCCAGCAUCUUAGAAGUCGAUUACGACAUAAUUAAGACUGUGUUCGAUGUAAACAUUGUUGGCGCCUUCUUUUGCGCUAAACAUGCUGCUAGAGUGAUGAUUCCGGCUAAAAAAGGUUCCAUUAUAUUCACAGCAAGUGUUGCGACUGUGGUCUAUGGUCUAGUCCCGCACGCAUAUUCUGCAUCAAAAGGUGCAGUUUCGGGACUUUCCAAGAACAUUGGAGUCGAAUUAGGGAAGUAUGGAAUAAAAGUUAAUUGUGUUUCUCCUCAUUACAUUAGCACACCACUUGUAUUGAAUGCGCUGGGAAUAGCAGACAGACAAAUGGCAGACAAAUGGUUUGCAGAAGGAGGGAAUCUGAAAGGAGCAUUAUUAGAUGAAGAGGAGGUGGCAAAAGCAGUGCUAUAUUUGGCAAGUGAUGAUUCUAAAUAUGUGAGUGGAAUGAAUCUCGUUCUUGAUGGUGGUUUUAGCACCACAAAUGUGGCUUUAACAGCGGCCUACAACAAGUUGUUCCCAUCCGAAAGUACCCAUCAGACUACCAACGGAGCUAGCAGUGCUGAUUUUUUCAAAAUGAGUGGGAAUGAAUAAAGAGAGACCAACUUCAAAUGAUUGAUAUCAGAUCCCUUGACUGAAAUCUUUCCAUUGUGCAAAUUAUGCUAAGUAAGGAAUAAGAAGGCCAAUGAUAUCAACUAAAGUAGUUUUUAUUUCGGACUAAGUUUGAAGUUUGAUGCAUACUUUUCCUAUUUUUAAUUUGUGUUUGCUUUUCAAUUAGAGAAUUCCUAUCUUAAAACGAGAGAGAGAGAGACCUGAAAUGGAGCUACAUCAGGAAUUGAAUAAUGGAGGUUGGGAGUGUGAAUGAGUGAAAAGAUAAUAGAAAUCUUGGUGAUGAACCAUGUACACAACUAUUAGAGAAGUUGUAUGCUAUGUAUCACAUAACCAACACUAUUUAUGCGAGAGAUCUUUUUUUUUUUUUUA